AACAAAUCAAAUUGUUAUUUUAGGUACAUCAUAUUUGAAUUGUUUUAACCAACAAUAGGACAUAAUUUACGAUAAUAAACAGGGUGAUGUAUGAUAAAAAAAAUAGUAUAAUUUUUAAAUAAAGAUACAACGAUAUGCAAUGUUUUGAAUUUUCAAUACUAGCCGCGCAAAUGCGCGGGCUAUACGCCUAGUUAGUUUUUAAAAAACUCAUCCUAAUCAGUUAAAUUCUGUAAUUAGUUAUUUCUUCAACCACAUUUAAUACUCUAUGCAUAUGUCCAAAAAUUCGAUGUGACGGAUACUGUGCAAACAUUGGUGUCGUGCUUCUUUGCUUUGAGAUUCGUUAUUACGCCACACCACGUGGCCAACAAAAUCUGCUUAAGGAUCACUAUUGCUCUAGCUCUACGGCGCACUUCGGCAUCUAUAGAACACCGUACCGUGCGUGCUGAAGGCAAACACCACCGGUCGCCGGAGCUUCAUCCCAUGGGGAGCACGAGGCCACUCGGCACGGCGAGCUCGAGGACGGCGGCGGCGUGGUGCGGCCACUGCGGCGCCAUGGGCCUCGCCGCCACGCCGCCGUCCGGGUCCGGCUCCAGCGUCUGGUGCGCGUUCUGCCACCGGCUGACGCGCAUUGAGCAGCGACAGCGCGGUGUGGGCGACAGCGCCACCGCCACGACGGUGGCGCUCGCCGUAGCCUCGCCUCCGUGGCCGCCGACGCUCUCCGCGGGGCGCGAGAUCCCGCCGGGCUACCCCAAGAUACGCGGCAAGAAGCGCGCCCUCGUCGUCGGCGUCAGCUACACGGGCGCCGCGCACGAGCUCAAGGGCACGGUCAACGACGUCGCCGAGAUGCGGCGGCUCCUCGUCGGCAAGUUCGGGUUCCCGAGCGGCUGCAUCCUGGAGUUCACCGAGAAGGAGAGGGACCCGAGCAGGGUACCGACGCGGGAGAACCUGCUCCUGGCGAUGCGUUGGCUGACGGAGGGGUGCGCCGCCGGCGACUCGCUGGUGUUCCUCUUCUGCGGGCACGGCGUGCAGGAGGUGGACCUGAAGGACGACGAGGUGGACGGGUACAACGAGGCGCUGUGCCCGGCGGACUUCGAGCAGAGCGGCGUCAUCCUGGACGACGAGAUCAACGAGACCGUCGUCCGGCCGCUGGGCAGGGGCGUCAAGCUGCACGCCAUCAUGGACACCUGCCACAGCGGCACCAUCCUCGACCUCCCCUACCUCUGCCGCCUGUCCAGAACGGGGUACUGGCAGUGGGAGAAUCAGUUCCCUGGUGGGACGGGGAAGCGCCCCAACGGCGGCCUGGUCAUCUCCAUCAGCAGCUGCAGAGACGACCAGAAGUCCGCGGACACCAGCGGAUUCCCCGAGUCGGCAUCGAUCGGCGCCAUGAUGGACAGCUUCAUCGCGGCCGUGGAGGCCGAACCAGGGACGACCUACGGGCGCCUGCUGAGCGCGAUGAGGGCGAGGAUCCGCGACGGCCAUGGGAGCUGCCGCCUCCCCGGACGGCUCGGCUCGUACGUGCGCAGGAUGAUCCCGCCCAGCGGCGUGCAGUCCUGUGUCCCUCACUCCGGACUGCAUGAACAUGAUGCAGGAACCUCAGCUGUGCUCUUCAGAGAUGUUUGACAUCUACCGGAAGCCAUUCCUGCUCUGAUUUGCAGGCCGGCUGCUGAUUCGGAACUUGACUUGCAUGUUAUUGUGGUGUGCAGCUCGAUUAGCCUGCUCUUGUUUCAGUUCAAACCAAUGCAUCUCUGGCAUCUGAUCAUGUUGCAACUGAAUGGGAUUCGCAUCAUGUCGUGUAAUGGUGUACGUCGGAUUCUACUUUCCGAUUAUAAGACUUCCGUAUUCACUAGUCACUAGUGAAAAAAAAAGGAUUCUAUUUUGCUGCAGAAACUUCAAAUAAAAUUGACUGCACGUAAGGUGCAAUUAGAGAGCCAUA